CGGCCGGGUGGAUUCCGAACCUGCCGGCGGCGAGCCGUCGCAGCGGGACCCCGCACAGCGCCGCCGCUCCUCGGGCUCGGCCCCUCGCCUUCUCUUCCUUCACGAGUUCGAGCCCGCUCGCCUCGCACCAGCGGACCGACCAUGUCUGGCGGCGCCUCAGAGAAGCAGAGCAGCACUCCGAGCUCCCUGUUUCUCUCGCCGCCGGCGCCUUCCCCCAAGAAUGGCUCCAGCUCCGAUUCCUCGGUGGGGGAGAAACUGGGCAGCGCGGGGCCCGACGCCGGAACUGGCCGGACGGAGGAGUACCGGCGUCGCCGCCACACUAUGGACAAGGACAGCCGUGGCGCGGCCGCGACCACUACCACCACUGAGCACCGCUUCUUCCGCCGCAGCGUCAUCUGCGACUCCAACGCCACUGCGCUGGAACUGCCCGGCCUUCCCCUUUCUCUCCCCCAACCCACCGUCGCCGCGGCUGCUCCGCAGAGCACCCCGCCGGAGCUCCACCGCGAGGAGACCUUGAUCGCCACCGCCGCUGCCCAUGUGGCCCAGCUGCCUCCCGCUGCUGCCGCCCCCGGGGAGCCAGCCGGCGCGGGCGCUGCCGCCGCGACUGCCCCCAGCAGUACCGGCAGAGACCGCCAAGUUUCCCAGCCCAACCAUGUGGGGAGCAAAGAGGAGCCUCCGUCGGCCAGAAGUGGCAGCGGCGGCGGCAGCGCCAAAGAACCACAGGAGGAACGGAGCCAGCAACAGGAUGACAUCGAAGAGCUGGAGACCAAGGCCGUGGGAAUGUCCAACGAUGGCCGCUUCCUCAAGUUCGACAUCGAGAUUGGCAGAGGCUCCUUUAAGACCGUCUACAAAGGUCUCGACACGGAAACUACUGUGGAGGUCGCCUGGUGUGAACUGCAGGAUCGAAAAUUAACAAAGUCUGAGAGGCAGAGAUUUAAAGAAGAGGCAGAAAUGUUAAAGGGCCUUCAGCAUCCCAAUAUUGUUCGAUUCUAUGAUUCCUGGGAGUCCACAGUAAAAGGAAAGAAGUGCAUUGUUUUGGUGACUGAACUUAUGACAUCUGGCACACUUAAAACGUAUCUGAAAAGGUUUAAGGUGAUGAAGAUCAAAGUUCUAAGAAGCUGGUGCCGUCAGAUCCUAAAAGGACUUCAGUUUCUUCAUACUCGAACCCCACCUAUUAUUCACCGAGAUCUUAAGUGUGACAACAUCUUUAUCACUGGCCCUACAGGCUCAGUCAAGAUUGGAGACCUAGGUCUGGCAACCCUGAAGCGGGCUUCUUUUGCCAAGAGUGUGAUAGGUACCCCAGAGUUCAUGGCCCCUGAGAUGUAUGAGGAAAAAUAUGAUGAAUCUGUUGAUGUUUAUGCUUUUGGGAUGUGCAUGCUUGAGAUGGCCACAUCUGAAUACCCUUACUCAGAGUGCCAAAAUGCUGCGCAGAUCUACCGUCGAGUGACCAGUGGAGUGAAGCCUGCCAGUUUUGACAAAGUAGCAAUUCCUGAAGUAAAGGAAAUUAUUGAAGGAUGCAUAAGGCAAAACAAAGAUGAAAGAUAUUCUAUCAAAGACCUUUUGAACCACGCCUUCUUCCAGGAGGAAACAGGGGUACGGGUAGAAUUAGCAGAAGAAGAUGAUGGAGAAAAGAUAGCCAUUAAAUUAUGGCUUCGUAUUGAAGAUAUUAAGAAAUUAAAGGGAAAAUACAAAGACAAUGAAGCUAUUGAGUUUUCCUUUGACUUGGAAAGAGAUGUGCCAGAAGAUGUUGCUCAAGAAAUGGUAGAGUCUGGGUAUGUCUGUGAAGGUGAUCACAAGACCAUGGCAAAAGCCAUCAAAGAUAGAGUGUCAUUAAUUAAGAGAAAACGAGAACAGCGGCAGUUGGUGCGGGAGGAGCAAGAAAAAAGAAAGCAGGAAGAGAUCAGUCAGAAACACCAGGUAGAACAACAAUCAAGUACUUCCCAGGCAGGAGUUAAGCAGAUCCCAUCUGCUAGUACUGGCAUGCCUCCUGCUUCUACCACAUCAGCUUCAGUUUCUACACAAGUAGAACCUGAAGAACCUGAGGCAGAUCAACAUCAACAACUGCAGUACCAACAAACUAGUAUAUCUGUGUUGUCUGACGGGACGGUUGACAGUGGUCAAGGAUCUUCUGUCUUCACAGACUCUCGAGUGAGCAGCCAACAGACAGUUUCAUAUGGGUCCCAGCAUGAUCAGGCACAUUCUGCUGGCACAACCCCAGGGCAUACAGCGUCUGUUGUCCAAGCACAGUCUCAGCCUCAUGGGGUAUAUCCCCCCUCAAGUAUGCCUCAGUCCAUGGCGCAUCCGUGUGGGGGGACCCCAACAUACCCAGAAUCACAGAUAUUUUUCCCAACUAUUCAUGAACGUCCAGUUUCAUUUUCACCACCUCCCACCUGUCCACCGAAGGUGGCCAUUUCUCAGCGGCGUAAGAGCACCUCCUUCUUGGAAGCCCAAACUCGCCACUUCCAACCCCUGCUGAGGACUGUUGGCCAAAAUCUUCUUCCACCUGGUGGCAGCCCAACUAACUGGACACCAGAGGCCGUAGUUAUGUUGGGCACUACAGCCAGUAGAAUAACUGGAGAGCCAUGUGAGAUACAGGUUCAUCCUAUGUUUGAACAAACUCAAGUUCACGGUGACUAUAGACCUGGACUAGUACUUCCAGAAGAAGCUCACUAUUUUAUUCCUCAGGAACCAGUGUAUCUAGCUUACCAGGCCCAGGUGACAGAACAGUAUGAGGGUAUUCCGUACAACUCACCAGUACUGUCAAGUCCUAUGAAACAGAUACCUGAACAGAAGCCAGUACAAGGGGGCCCUACCUCAAGUUCUGUCUUUGAAUUUCCAUCUGGACAGGCUUUCCUGGUAGGACACCUUCAGAAUUUAAGAUUAGAUUCUGGAUUAAGUCCAGGAUCUCCCCUCUCUAGUAUUUCUGCACCUAUCGGUACAGAUGCUACACGUUUGAAAUUUCACCCUGUCUUUGUUCCUCAUUCUGCGCCUGCUGUGUUAACUCAUAACAAUGAGAGCAGAAGCAAUUGUGUAUUUGAGUUUCAUGUUCACACUCCAAGCUCCUCUUCAGGAGAAGGAGGAGGAGUUUUGCCUCAGCGUGUUUACCGAAAUCGACAGGUUGCAGUGGACUUGAAUCAGGAAGAAUCGCCUCCUCAAUCAGUUGGAUUGCAUGGCCGCCUACAGCCUGUGACUGAAGAACAGCGUAAUUACCAUGCCCCAGAAUUGACCGUUUCUGUGGUAGAGCCUAUCGGACAGAACUGGCCAAUAGGAAGCCCAGAAUAUUCCAGUGAUUCCUCACAAAUUACUUCUUCAGAUCCCAGUGAUUUUCAAUCACCUCCCCCUAUAGGGGGUGCAGCUGCGUCUUUUGGCUCUGACAUCUCAUUACCCUUUAUCCGUCUGCCUCAGACAGUGUUACAAGAAUCCCCACUUUUCUUCUGUUUCCCCCAAGGAACCACAUCUCAGCAGGUUUUAUCUGCCUCAUUUUCUUCAGGAGGAUCUGCACUCCAUCCACAGGCACAGGGGCAAAGCCAGGGUCAACCAUCCUCAAGUAGCCUAACAGGGGUUCCAUCUUCCCUACCCAUACAACAUUCCCAACAGCAGCAGGGAGUACAGCAGACAGCCCCUUCUCAGCAGACAGCACAGUAUGCACUUCCACAGACAUCAACCUCCAGUGAGGCCACUACUGCACAGCCAGUCAGUCAGUCUCAGACUCCACAGGUCUUGCCUCAAGUAUCAACUGGAAAACAGGGCUUCCCACCUCGACUGCCACCACAAUACCCAGGAGAUUCAAAUAUUGCUCCCACUUCCAGCGUGGCUUCUAUUUGCAUCCCUUCUACAGUUCUAUCCCCUCCCAUGCCGACAGAAGCACUGGCUGCACCAGGUUACUUUCCUACAGUGGUGCAGCCUUUUGUGGAAUCAAACCUUUUGGUUCCUGUGGGCAGUUUAGGAGGACAGGUUCAAGUGUCCCAGCCAGCAGUGAGCUUAGCACAACAAGCCCCCACUACAUCCUCCCAGCAAGCAGCUUUGGAGAGUACUCAGGGAGUCUCUCAAGUUGUUCCUCCAGAGCCACUGCCAGUGGCACAGGCACAGGCACAGCCUACCACUUUGGUCUCUUCUAUAGACAGUGCACAUUCAGAUGUUGCUUCAGGAAUGAGUGAUGGCAAUGAGAAUGUCCCAUCAUCCAGUGGAAGGCAUGAAGGGAGAACGACAAAACGGCAUUAUCGAAAAUCCGUAAGAAGUCGCUCUCGUCAUGAAAAAUCUUCACGUCCAAAAUUGAGAAUUUUGAAUGUUUCAAAUAAAGGGGACCGGGUAGUAGAAUGUCAAUUAGAGACUCAUAAUCGGAAAAUGGUUACAUUCAAAUUCGAUUUAGAUGGUGACAAUCCUGAGGAGAUAGCAACAAUUAUGGUGAACAAUGACUUCAUCCUAGCAAUAGAGAGAGAGUCCUUUGUGGAUCAAGUACGAGAAAUUAUUGAAAAAGCUGAUGAAAUGCUCAGUGAAGAUGUCAGUGUGGAACCAGAGGGUGACCAGGGAUUAGAGAGUCUACAGGGGAAGGAUGACUAUGGCUUUGCAGGUUCUCAAAAAUUGGAAGGAGAGUUCAAACAACCAAUUCCUGCAUCUUCCAUGCCACAGCAAAUAGGCGUUCCUACCAGUUCUCUAACUCAAGUUGUUCAUUCUGCUGGAAGACGGUUUAUCGUGAGUCCUGUGCCAGAAAGUCGAUUACGAGAAUCAAAAGUUUUCAGUGGUGAAAUAUCAGAUACAGUUGCUGCCUCUACAUCCCAUGGCGCUGGAAUGAACUUGUCUCACUCCGCUUCAUCCCUUAGCCUACAGCAGGCCUUUUCCCAACUCAGACAUGCCCAAAUGACAGAAGGGCCCAAUACAGCACCUCCCAACUUCAGUCAUACAGGACCAACAUUUCCCGUAGUAUCUCCUCCCAUGAGCAGCAUCGCUGCAGUCCCAGCCGCAACGGCAGCCACACCUUCAGUAUCAGCCCCUGCAACUAGCAGCCCUCUUAAUGACAUGUCCACAUCAGUAAUUCAGUCUGAGAGUCCAGUGCCCACUGAAAAGGGGAUUGGUGGAGUUGCCAUCUGCACAGGUGUGACACCUUCAAGUGGUCUCCCUGUACCUCCUGUAUCUGAGUCACCAGUAUUUUCCACUGUGGUUUCAAACAUCACAAUACCUACAGUUGUUUCAAUAUCUGCAACAUCCCAGCCAGUUCAGGCUUCUACAUCUGGGAGUGUUGUUUCUAAUAUAGGCACUUUGCCCUCUAUACCAGUUUCAGCCUCUGCAGUGGGCAGUGCCACUGCCCCAGGUGCUAAGCCUCCACCUCUGUUAUCUCAGCAAGCGGCAGGCAGUACUACUGGGGUAGCCACGUUAACAUCCACUUCUGCCCCUGCUCCAUUCCCAAGCAUCGCUUCCCAGCCGCCUCUUCAGCUGAGCAGCAGCACCUCUGCUCCUACUCUAGCUGAAACAGUGGUGGUUAGUGCACACUCACUAGAUAAAACAUCUCAUAGCAGUACAACUGGAUUGGCUUUGUCCCUGUCUGCAUCAUCUUCUUCCUCCCCUGGAGCAGGAUUAUCUAGUUCUAUUUCUCAGCCUGGCGGGGUGCAUCCUUUGGUUGCCCCAUUAGCUAUAGCUUCUACUCCUGUCCUUCCUCAAGCAGCAGGACCUACUUCUAUACCUUUAUUACCACAAAUACCUAGUAUCCCACCUUUGGUACAGCCUGUUGCCAGUGUGCCUACAGUGCAGCAGACACUAAUUCAUAGUCAGCCUCAACCAGCUUUACUUCCCAACCAGCCCCACACUCACUGUCCUGAAUUGGAUGCCGACUUACAGCCCAAAGCUCCUGGAAUUGAUGACAUAAAGACUCUAGAGGAAAAGCUGCGGUCUCUCUUUAGUGAACACAGCUCAUCUGGAGCCCAACAUGCAUCUGUCUCACUGGAGACAUCACUGGUAGUAGAGACCACUGUCGCACCAGGCAUCCCAACCACUGCUGUGGCACCAAGCAAGCUCAUGACUUCUACUACAAGUACAUGCUUACCACCAACAAGUUUGCCGUUAGGGACAACUGGUUUGUCAGUUAUACCAGCGGUCACACCUGGGCAAGGUUCCACCCCAGUCAGCUAUGUGUCUGCCCCAGUCAGCACUACAUCAGGAGUGAAAGCUGGAACUGCUCCAUCAAAGCCGCCUUUGACUAAAGCUCCAGUGCUGCCAGUGGGUACUGAACUUCCAGCUGGUACUCCACCCAGCGAGCAGCUGCCACCUUUUCCAGGACCUUCACUAACUCAGUCCCAGCAACCUCUGGAAGAUCUUGAUGCUCAAUUGAGAAGAACACUUAGUCCAGAGACUGUGGCAGUGACAUCUACAGUUGGUCCUGUGUCCGUCGUGGCUCCAGCAGCAGUUACGGAAGCAGGAGCACCGCCUCAGAAGGAUGUUUCUCAAAUCACAGAAGGUCCUGUCCUAGGAACUAGUUCAGGAACUGGUGUUCUUAAGAUGGGACGAUUUCAGGUUUCCGUUGCAAUGGAUGAUGUGCAAAAAGAAGGUAAAAAUAAGUCAGAAGAUGCAAAGUCUGUUCAUUUUGAGUCCAGCACUUCAGAAUCCUCAGUGCUAUCAAGUAGUAGUCCAGAAAGUACCCUCGUGAAGACAGAACCUAAUGGGAUCCGUGGCAUCUCAUCAGACAUGCCAGAUAGUGCCCACAGAACUCCUCCCUUGGGAGCAAAAUCGGAAACUGGGCAGCCUACCAAGGUAGGACGUUUCCAGGUAACAACAACAACGAACAAAGUAGGUCGUUUCUCUGUAUCAAGAACUGAAGACAAGAUUGCUGAGGCAAAGAAAGAGGGACCAGUGGCAUCUCCUCCUUUUAUGGAUCUGGAACAAGCUAUUCUUCCUGCUGCGAUACCAAAGAAAGAAAAGCCUGAACUGUCAGAGCCUUCACAUCUGAAUGGCCCAUCUUCUGAUCUGGAGGCAGCCUUCCUGAGCAGGGAUGUGGAUGACGGUUCAGGUAGUCCACACUCCCCCCAUCAGCUGAGCUCAAAGAGCCUGCCUAUCCAGAAUCUAAGUCAAAGCCUUAGUAAUUCAUUCAACUCCUCUUACAUGAGUAGUGACAAUGAGUCAGAUAUUGAAGAUGAAGAUUUAAAGUUGGAGCUGCGAAGACUACGAGAAAAACAUCUCAAAGAGAUUCAAGACCUGCAGAGUCGCCAAAAGCAUGAAAUUGAAUCUUUGUAUACCAAACUGGGCAAGGUUCCCCCUGCUGUCAUUAUUCCCCCAGCUGCCCCUCUUGCAGGGAGAAGAAGGCGACCCACUAAAAGUAAAGGCAGCAAAUCUAGUCGCAGCAGUUCCUUGGGGAAUAAAAGCCCCCAGCUUUCAGGUAACCUGUCUGGUCACAGUGCCACUUCAGUUUUGCAUCCCCAGCAGACCCUCCACCCUCCUGGCAACAUCCCAGAGACUGGGCAGAAUCAGUUGUUACAGCCCCUUAAGCCAUCUCCCUCCAGUGACAACCUCUAUUCAGCCUUCACCAGUGAUGGUGCCAUUUCAGUUCCAAGCCUUUCUGCUCCAGGUCAAGGGACCAGCAGCACAAAUACCGUCGGGGGAACAGUGAACAGCCAAGCCGCCCAAGCUCAGCCUCCUGCCAUGACGUCCAGCAGGAAGGGCACAUUCACAGACGACCUGCACAAGCUGGUAGACAAUUGGGCCCGAGAUGCCAUGAAUCUUUCAGGCAGGAGAGGAAGCAAAGGACACAUGAAUUAUGAGGGCCCUGGAAUGGCAAGGAAGUUCUCUGCACCUGGUCAGCUGUGCAUCUCCAUGACCUCAAACCUGGGUGGCUCUGCCCCCAUCUCUGCAGCAUCAGCUACCUCUCUAGGUCACUUCACCAAGUCCAUGUGCCCCCCACAGCAGUACGGUUUUCCAGCUCCCCCUUUUGGCACUCAGUGGAGUGGGACAGGCGGCCCAGCACCGCAGCCACUUGGCCAGUUCCAACCUGUGGGAACUGCCUCCUUACAGAAUUUCAACAUCAGCAAUUUGCAGAAAUCCAUCAGCAACCCCCCAGGUUCCAACCUGCGGACCACUUAGACCUAGAGACAUUAACCGAGUAGAUUUGGGGGCAGGAGAUGGAAUGCUGAG